CGAGCUGUGGGAUAAAUAGCUUAGGUAUGCGUGUCACCAUUAGCAUGAAGACAGAAAUUCUCUAGCUGCAACAUUACGUAAACAAGACUGUCACUAAACAGACAUCUUGUCUGAGAAGGGCUUUUCCUUUGAAACCUUCAAAAUCUCGAAAAUGCUCUCGAAGAUAUUCCGAGUUUCUCUUCCUCGGAUGGCCAGGCCUCCUUCCAUUACAGGAGCGGGGCUCAACUGGAAUAAAGUUUGUUUAGUGGCGGCACAAAAUGAGAACGGCUGCCUGAGGACCUGGGCUCCGGCGAUAGCCGCCUCGGCGAACAGGACAUUGAGUAGUUAUAUUAAGAAUCCCGCCGUUGCAACGUCGGUCGACAGAUACGAGCGCGUCCCCCGCGAAGAAAUUUCUGCGUUCGAUCACGAUGCACCGUUUAUUAAUUCAUGGGGGGACGACAUCGCUCUGUCGUCGUCGUCCGUUUCAAGUGACGGUCAUCUUGUGGUAGUGAAGUGGUCCGACGACGAGGCGCAGAUAUACCCCGCAGUUUGGCUAAGGGAUCAAUGCCACUGCAGCGAAUGUUGCUACCCUGAUUCAUUCACGAGGAAAACCUUCCUGACAGACAUGAAUUUAGAGACGAAAAUUCAGAAUGCAUUCUUAUCCGAUGAUGGUAAGAUCUUGUCUGUCGAUUGGGCUGAUGGUCAUCGUGGCAACUUCCCAACCGGAUGGCUUCGUGGUCAUCGCUUUGACCAGUCUCAGUCUGACCCUAUCGCGGACCUCCGUCCUCGACUCUGGGGUCAUGACGUAAUGGCGACAGCGGACUUCAGCUUUUUCGAUUUUGACGAGGUGAUGGAGAACGACGACGCCCUCUACGAGUGGCUUAAAGGGCUCUACGGACUUGGAAUUGCUCUUCUUAAGAAUGCACCUGUUGAAACGGGUCAGCACUUCCGCCUCCAGAACAGACUCGGAUACGAGUCUCCCUCUCCAAUAUCAUCGGGAAUAGUUACUCAAGUAAAGCUUAACCAAAAAUCUGACCACCCAGCAUACUCCGAAAAAUCCCUUCAGCUCCACAACGAUAUGACUUACUACAACCAAGCGAAAGGAUAUCAGUCGUUCCACUGCAUCAAGCAAGCGAGUGGAGAAGGCGGGGAAAGUCUGCUGGUUGAUGCGUUCAAGGUGGCCGAGGAACUCAGACAUCAGAACCAAGAAGCCUUCGAGAUGCUAACAAGGAUUCCGUGGGAAUUCAAGCUCUUAAUGGGCACCAACUACCAUAGCGCCCGUCGAGAAGCUAUCAGACUUAACAAUAAGGGUGAGGUGUGUCAAGUCACUAUUAACGAUAUAUGUAGAGCAGCCAUGCUACGGAUACCGCCAAAGGACGUCCACGACGCCUAUGUGGCCCUGCAGGAAUUCACCCGAAUGCUUUAUCAUCCAGAUUUCGUGGCUAAAUACAUGCUAGCACCAGGCGAUAUUCUAGUUUUCAACAAUCUUCGUGUGUUACACGGCCGUCUCGGUUUCAGCGUCACAGCAGAGACACAAAGACACCUUGAGUCAUGUUACUCUGACUGGGAUAUCAUUCCUGCAACCCUACGUAAUCUCAGAAAGCAGCGAAUCCUGGCGAAAUGCAAGUCAGAUUAAUUGAAUUGUGGGUGCGUCGUGGGCUAGUGAUUCCGAUUCUUGCCUUUGAAACAGAGGGUCGUGGGUUCGAAUCGUAGCCAUGGCGUGUUUUCCUUCAGCAAGAAAUUUAUCCACA